AUCGCAUCAACCGCAUUAAUUCCACAACCCGCCAUCCACUUCCCAACUGACAGCUGUCAUUCAUUGCCACCUAGAUUCAUGGGAAUUCUGUAACAUCUGGGACAGUUGAUCUAUCAUUUGGCAGCUUGUCUUUGCCACCCAAAUCAUCAACCCACGUCGUACGAGUCCACUACGAAGCUGUACGCACUGCUAGUCGACCAAGAGCACUACUAUCUGCUGAUUUAUACACGGUCUAUUACAUACACCUAAGUGACGAGACGAGAACGCCGUGACCAUGUCGUCCGACCUCGAAACCUUCACCAUGCUGCCCUUGCAGAUCGACCCCCAGACCAAGGCGCUGACGACAUCCACGAGCUCUCGCGCGCUGCAAGCCGAGCUCGCCUCGCUCAACUCCCUGCACAGAUCGCUCCUCGCGCUCGAGACGCCGAACCAAGUGCCGCCACCGCCCGUGCCCGUGAACCCGAAGCGGUCCGCCAACGUGAGCAAGCUGCGCGAGAGCGGCAACAACGAAUACCGCAAGGGGAAGCACGCCGAGGCCGUCAAGUUCUACAGCCUAGGCCUGCAGAUGGCCCUGACCCGGCCGCUGUGGGAGCCGCAACAGCUCGUGCGCGAGGAGGUCGCCGCCCUCUACGCCAACCGCGCCCAGGCCCACAUGGCCCUCCAGAGCUGGGCCGAGGGCGCCUCCGACGCCGAGGCCAGCGUCGAGGCCAAGCGUGUCGGCAACUCCAAGGCUUGGUGGAGGCGCGGCAAGUGUCUUGCCGAGAUGGGACGGAUGGCCGAGGCCAAAGAAUGGGUUUGCAAAGGCUUGGAGAUGGAGGGUGACGAGGGUGAGCUGAUGGCCUUGUUGAAGGACAUCAAUGAGAAAUUGGGGGAAAAAGGUAGCUCGUGAUCUCCGAGUUCUACGGUCGUUUUGUUUUUGUUGUACUCUACAUGCUACGAUGAUUACGAAGAGA